UCCACACACACUUCUUUAAUCGCUGACAGAAUAAACGCCUCGGCAGUUCCGUUAUACAAUUAACAACUUCAUCAUGCUGCAUCCAUAGACUGUAAAGGCUGCAUCACAUCGAGAUAAACAUUUUGUGUCUGAAACACGAAGCCGGAAACAGCAGUUCUUCUCUUGUAUCCCCUCCCUCUCUGCAGACUCAGUCGUGUUGUUGACGGACCCUCCUGACAGCUGAACUCAACUUUACACAGCGCUGCGCCCCGACGUUGACAGAAGAUGUUUUUUGCCAAACAGUUCCUCAGUGGCGUCAUUAAUGUUGUCAGCAACAUCGAUCCAGCCCAGUUUGUGCCCUCUGAACCUCCUCCACCACGCAGACCAGCAGUGUUUGCCGAGGCACAUGAGAGCGAUGAGGAGAAGCAGUUCCGCAGAGUCUUCCAGCAGCUUGCUGGAGAGGACAUGGAAGUGAGCCCAAACGAGCUGAUGAACAUCCUAAACAGAAUCGUCUCAAAGCGUGGAGACCUGAAGACGGAUGGUUUCAGCAUCGAGUCAUGUAGGAGCAUGGUGGCAGUCAUGGAUAGUGAUAGCACUGGGAAACUCGGCUUUCAUGAAUUCAAACAACUCUGGAACAACAUUAAGAAAUGGCAGGAAAUUUACAAAUCCUACGACGCUGAUGGUUCUGGUGUCAUCGGUGCAGAUGAGCUUCCUAAGGCUUUCACAGCUGCUGGCUUCCCCCUCAAUGACCAGCUGUUCCACAUGAUCAUCCGCAGAUACAGCGAUGAAGGUGGGAACAUGGACUUUGACAACUACAUUGGCUGCCUUGUCCGGCUGGAUGCCAUGUGCCGUGCCUUCAAAACCCUGGAUAAAGACAACAAUGGGACCAUCAAAGUCAACGUUCAGGAGUGGCUUCAGCUGACCAUGUACUCUUGAGGCCUGACGAUUUCUCUCCUGCUUGUCAUAGGGAACUUCUUUGUUUGUCUGCACCGUGCCGAAUAUAUUCUUAUCCCUACAACUCCCCGUUACUUUGCCAACCGCUUUGUGAGCGCAGGUUUAUUCUGAACGCAAUGCAAGUCUGUUAGUAUGUUCCAUCACACUUGCAGGUAAAAUAUGAUACUGCAUUGCUGACCCAGAAAAGCCCAAACCUGCACUUACACCACUUAGAUGGAUCAAAAUGAAAUGCCAUUGAAUACUCUUGAAAAGUAUGUAGCCAACAAGAUUCAACUUCAGAAAAGAUAAAAGUAUGUUUGAGUGGAGGGGCAUGUUUGGCUUUUUAAAAAAAUCUGCUUAAUUCUCACAGUUUAACAUGUAAUGAUGACUAUAUAUAUUAUAAGAUACUUUGCACCUCUCCACAAUUUGAGACAUCUAAAUGUGUGUCUAGUCAUGAAACAGAAAAACUCAGAUUCACCUGUAUUUAUGCUAAAAUGCUGACAUUGGACAGUAUACAGUUCAUUUGAAACAGUUAGCAUAGUGCUCUAUUACCUUUCAAAUAGAAACGUAGGGAGGGACUUGUCAUGAAUAUUGAUUAGCCUUUAUAUCGCCCUAUAGUGCUGAAUGUGAGAACAUUGAAACACAAAAACACUGUGUCGGGGGGGGGGGGGGGGCUUUUUGGUCAUUGUUGGGUUAGAUACUGGUGUAUGGGUGACAAUCAGCUAUUAGUAAUGUCUGUUUUGCUUUUAUAGAAAAUAAGGAAAGACCAACAUCUGUACCCACCUUAUCCUUAGGCUAGCUUAAGCCAUUUUACAGUUCAGUGUCACCUCCUGACAUAAACAGGAAAAGCCUGGUUCAGUUGUCACUGUCAACAGUCUCCUACUAGGUACAAGUUUUCUGUUAGAGUGAGCGGUGUGAAGCUGUCACUUGGGUUAUACAUUUUGCUUUGAAUUUCCACCUAUACUGUAAUAUCCUCCCACCUUUCUGAUCAUAGCCUUCACAGAUCUGUCAGCAUAUGAAAACUGCUUCUUUGACAUCUUCUCUCUUCUCUUGUUACACCUGUUGGGGUGGAAGUAUGUACACCUUCAACGUCCAUUGUAGAAGUUUAGUGAUGUCCAAAUUGCCAUAAUACCCUCUUAUUAGCGUCUACCUAAGCAGAAAACUCCUUUGCAGUCACAUGAGUCAUGAACAGGUUGGUUGUCCCACCCUAACAGGUGCUACAAGCUAGCAGAACAUUGCUUUGUCUUUACCUGCUUUUCCUAGGAAAAGGUUUAAUUUGCACAACAUGGGUAAAAAUGUGUGGGUGGAGCAUGUCCCUGCAGAGCCUUUCAGGUAUUUGGGAGAUUUAGUCUGCAUUUUUUUUUUCCAUACAUCCGAGUUUUAAUAUUUGUUAAAAUACUUUUGAUGUGUUUGUGUAACCACGCACAAUUCAACUGAUUGGAUUUUUCUUGUUCACUAAAACAUCACAGUUACACAGCUCACCAUUUUGGUUAAAAGUGAAAUAAAAUAAAUGUUUAUUUGAUGUUUAAACUUUGGCACACCUGCAGAUCAUUGUUUAAUAAUUAGUACACUCCAUUAUUUUUGCAUCAGAGUUGCACUGUUGUUGUUUAUAGCAGUUAGGAAUCCUGGUGCUUUCUGCAGCCACUGAAUGAUCUACACAAUUAAGAAACAACAUAAACAUAUUUUUAAAGUGACCUAUUGUAAAUGUUAGUGUAUACUCAGUAUAUCCGGCUCUAUGUCUUUUCCUUAUGAGCGAAACUCACAUCCCAGGAGAGACUGUGUUCUUGGGGCAGGCUUAUAUUUUGGGAUUUUAUGUUUAAUGCUGGUUGUGCUGAAACAAUCUAUGUGUUUGAGUUCACUGAUCACAUAUUAAUGUGCACUCUCUGGAAUGCCUGCACCAGAUAGUGCCAGCACAAAGUGUGAUAUAAUAUAUAACAUAUAAGUAUGCCACUAAUGCAUGCAGCCAGUAGCAAAGAAGCAAUUAUGAAAGUUUUUAACAAUGUAGUUGUAGCCAAGAUCUUCAAACUGUUACUGAAAAUUCUUGGUCAGAUAAAUUCCUGUGCCAUAUUUGGAAUAAACAUCGUAUGUUCAA